UCUAAGCUUUAAAUUAUAUCUACAAAAAUCGAAUGAAAUUAAUAAAAAAUAAUGUAACUAAACGGUUGAUCAAACAUUAUCCGCGUUUAAAAUGCCACAAACUGUUAAAACAUGGCCAUAAAGUUGCUCGCCCUAUAUAUAAAUCAACAUUCAAAAUUUAACUGGGUUUCACCUGGUCUCAUUAUGUAAUUAACUAAUUAAAAGUUGCACUAACGAUUGCCCACCCCCUCCAACUGAUGAAUAGAUUUGAAAGCAAAUAUGCAGAAGUUCUUAGUUGUCGGGUACAGUAUCAGUUUGCGUGUGUUAAAGGAUAUAGAUCUCGAGAACACCAUGAGCAAACUAAUGAUUUUGACGGUUUUGUCGGUGGCGGCGAGUGCUUGGGGCUAUUCAGCAGGAGCUCCUGAAGCCGUAUGCGGCAACAUGACACCUAACCAUCCAGUCAGCGCGCAAAAAACUCGCUUUCCCUACAAAGUUUCAGUCUCUAGCGACACAAUCAAAGCUGGAGAAGAAACAAAAAUUAACAUUUCAGGAAAACAGUUCAAAGGAUUCCUCGUUGAAGUGAGGGAUGGAGAUCAAGCUGUAGGUUCGUUCCAGAUCCCUGCCGACGACAAAUAUUUGAAAGCAAUCAAUUGCAAUGGAAUUAAAGGCAGCGGUGCCACUCACAAAAACAAGGUUGAGAAAUCAGACAUUUCACUCACAUGGAAAGCUCCAUCUACAGCGGGAAAAUACACCGUAUAUGCCACUGUUGCGCUUGAUGGGCUGACUUUCUGGGUAGCCAAACCAAGUGGAACAAUCAACGUAGUAUAAUUUAAACGGAAAACACCCGAGGAACAUGCGGAUAAUAACGAUUUAUGGGUUUUGCCCAAAGUAGACAUAUCAGAAGAUCGCUUGCUAGAAUAUUUAGAUGGUUUCCUAUAAGUCGCUAACAAAAACUAUCCUCUACAGUUGAAUUAAAUCAAUUAAAACAUAAGAUUCAAUUUAUUUAAGUAUAAACUUAGAUAUUACUAGACCUAAGUAGUGAUCCAGUAACUGCAAACAGUUUUACGGUUGCUCCCAUUAUAGGUUUCAAUCCUUUGCAAACAACUAACGUGUGAAAACAAUAAAGUAUGAAAUGUGACAUAAUCGCUGGAUCAAGUGCAUUUUCAUCGGUGUUUAUUUUACUCAAUAAAUAAGGUCAUCACAAUUUUCCCAUGAACUACGUUCACAAUCUAGCAAGCAAACGUAUGAAAGUCUACACUAGAGUUGCAACCACCUGUUUAAAUGAACAAAAACCUUAUCUGAAAUGUCUCCAAACCUCUUAAAAAAAUGGCCAAAUUGAGAUGAAGCAAACCAUCCCAUUUCACGCACCUUUCUUCGAAGCUUCAACAUUGAAUCGAAUUAUCUGUCCAGUUUAACUUCAGCAUAAAAUAAACUAGUGACUUAAA